AUGUUUGAUCCUCUCAGUUCCACUGCUGCUGCCUUUGGUGGCCAGGACGUCGCUGAUACCCUUCCUUGGCCCUCUACUCCCCAUCCUCCUGGUUCUCCAAUUCCCAAUCUCCGACGGGCAGUAUCCCCACGUCCCAAAACUCCUGACGUGGGUCCUUCCCCUGGUCUCUACGGAAAGGAACCGCAGAUAUAUGGUCAACCAGAAGCAGGUCUUAUAUCUCCGCGAGAGCUUGUCGGAUCUAAUGGGGUGGGGUACGAGAAGCCAGGACCCUAUCUUCGCGUGAGGAUUACUGGGUUGGACAGGAACCGGAGGGACAUUCUAGUCAAGCUAGAUGCUCAGACCAAUUUAUCCAACUUCACUGGAACUACGUACCGGAACGUGUCGCGCUCGUAUCUCGAAUUCCAACAAUUCUAUGAGACUCUUGUGCAGAGCAAUCCACAGACCAUAAUUCCAGCCCUACCCUUGGCCCAGACCUCCGCUCCAACUGACGAGGAAGAUGAUAGACUGGUAAAGAUUAUGCUGCAACGAUGGAUCACCAGAGUAUCCGAAGAUUCUAUCCUCAUUCAAGACGAAGAUCUUCGCUCGUUCAUUGAGAGUGAUUUCGGCUAUCAACCUACCCCUCGUACCCGAAAAAAAACCAUAUCAAGCUUUGGUCUCAUGCGCCGCGGAGUUCCUGAUGAAGAUGAAGAACUUCAACGGGCGCGGUUUGAGCUGACAAAGUUAGAGGGUCAGUUCUUCGAAACAGCCAAAGCUGUUGACAAGCUAGCGCUAACACGGAAAACAUUGGCUACUGCCCACGCCGAAAUGGGAAAUAAACUCAUCAAUGUUGCUACGACUGAGGCUCACCCUCCGCUCGGGAACGCUUUGCGUAAAAUUGGCCGGACAUGGCAUAGUCUUGCAGAUUUGGAUCACGCCCAAUCCAUAAGUGAAUGCGUCAUCCUUGGUGACUCUCUCGGUUACCAGGGAAUGAAUGCCCGUUCUGCCAAGGAAACGUUGCAAAUGCGCACGGGUGUUCUCGAAGAGUAUCAGGCGGCUGUAAAGACAACUAUCUCUAAGAGAAGACAAAUUGAGCGCUUGAAGGCCAGUUCUAAUAUCCGACCUGACCGGGUAGACGAAGCGCUGGAAGACAUGGAAGAGGCAAACAAGUAUGAACAGGUCCUCGCUAAACGCGCGGAGGGAAUCUCUCAGAAUCUGCAUCAAGCGCUUCAAAUACAUAAUCGAUACGCUAACGACGAUAUUACGACGGCGUUGAUCGAACAUACUCGGUCAUCGAUCAUGUACGAGAGGCAGUUGCUUCGCGAGUUGGAAUCCCUUAGAGGAGAUAUUAGCAAUGCCGCAAAGAAAAACGUUGUUGCUGUAGACGCGGUGCCCAAGCCCUCCAUCGUUCCACCUCUCGAAGAUUUUUCGGACCAUCCUGCUUCUCAACCUGCCCCAUCUGCACCCUUGGUAAACGGAUUUCAUCGACAUCAACCUCAUCUUCGGACACCACCGCAUACCGCUGCACCGUCAUCGCAGGGCUUUACGCCCCACCUCCCUCCGCCGCAGGUCGCGUAUCAGAAAAAUCAGCCAUUACCAGCGUCUUCUGAUCAGCCAUUCACUCCCCACCUAUCACACUUCAGGGGUCUCCCACCUCAAUCCCCAGGUGCUGGCCCAUCGACCCCAACAUCUAGCCAAUUUUCAUCCUCCACGUCAGCUGUGGUUGAGCCACCACUGGGGGGUCGGUUUGUUGAUGGUACAAAGUCAAUGUUCAUCAAGCCCACGUUUUCGACUCUUGCAUCCUCUUCCCCUGCGUCAUCGUCAACUGCAGGCCUUUCAGGUUCACCUUCGAGGCCGCAGCUCGAUCCCCUUCGAAGCGAUGCCUACAACGGGCAGUCUGUGCCUUCCCCAUUGCAUGAUUCGGCGCCGAGAGGCCUUAACAGCCACCCAACUCUUCAUCAGGACACUGAUCCUUUGGCUCAGAUCAAGCCACACCAGAUGGCAAGUUCUGUGCGAGUGCAACCCACAAGACCACGAUUAGAUCCACGUGAGGCAGCUAGCAAAUUGGCGAAUAUGUUUUGA